AUGGGGUUCCUGCAGAGGGUGGAACUCCCCUUUAUUUCCCGAUGGAUCAACGACGACAUUCGCCCUAUCGAGUCUAAGAGGCGAACAUGGGGUUUUCUGAUGUUCCAUAACUUUUGUGUUGUGCUGGGGAACCUCAUUGCAACGGGUGUUGUAAUCAUCAACUCCCUCCCUGGAAGCUACUACCACCCUAACAAAUAUACUCCAGUUUGGUACGGCUUCACAGCCUGGGUCGGUGGCGAAUGCGUCUACCUCAUCCUCCUGUCCUGGGAUCCGCGCCUCGAGUCCCACAUCCCCAACGCCAUCCCCUCAGACACGGGCAUGACAACAGCACAAUUCGUUUCCUAUAUCAUCUUCAGUGUGAUUAGCUUGCCGGUGAUAUGGAUCCGUCCGCACCGCCUCGAGAUGUUCUUUCGCUUCGCCUGCUCGAUCACGCUCGUUUUCUUUCUCGUUCUCCUCAUCUGGGCCCUGGCGACCAUGGGACCUGCUGGCUUCGGCGACACCAUAACAUCUGGUUCUCCCCUUCCCAACACCGGAGGACCGGAUAGCGUGGCGUGGCUGAUGGUGUACGGCAUUGUCUCGACGAUUGGGUCCAUCGCUGCCGGAAUUUUAAACCAAAACGACUACUCUCGCUUUGCAACUCAACCAAAGCAUGCCAUCCUGGGACAAGCCGUGUCUUUCCCGUUCUACGGCAUCUUCAGCUCGCUGAUCGGCAUACUGGUGACAGCGGCGACCCAGGAUCGAUUUGGUGGUGAGGCCAUUUGGAAUCCACCAACACUUUUUGCACAGUUGCUGGCGCAGAACGAGACGGCGGGGACGCGAGCGGCAUGCUUUUUCGCUGGAUUGUGCCUCGUCAUCUCCCAGAUUGGUGUCAACGUGCCCGGUAAUGCCCUCGCCGGAGGCUUUGACCUUGCUGCGACGUUCCCAAGGUACCUCAACAUCCGUCGUGGGGCGUACCUCACGGCCAUUUUCAGCAUCAUUGUCAACCCUUGGCGGCUUGUGAACACGGCCACGACGUUCUUGACGGUGCUGUCGAGUUAUAGCGUCUUCCUUGCGCCGAUGACUGGCCUCAUGAUUUCCAGCUACCUAGUUGUGAACAAGAGGAAGAUCGAUGUCGAUGAUCUUUACCGUGGCGACUCAGGAAGCAUCUAUUGGUUCUCGUAUGGGUGUAAUUGGCGUGCCCCUGUAGCAUGGCUGGUCGGCGUGGUACCCUGCAUGCCUGGAUUUGUGGCAGCGGUAGAUACCUCGGUGACAGUUAGCCCUGGAGCAACUGAGCUCUACUACAUGUCGUACGUGUACGGACUUCUGUCUAGCGGGCUGGUCUACGCCGUGCUGCACCGAGUGUUUCCGGCAAAGGCGCUCGACUCCUUUGUUAAGACAGCACCAUCCGCGAAAGAGCUUCAGGAAUUCCAUCUUGGAAAGUGGGAUGUUACGUUGGCAGAAACACCCAAUGUCGUCGAUGUGCUUUCGGGUCAUGGGGUCUCGGGGGGGUGA